ACAAGAAAACAAAAAACAAAAGUUUUAAACAAAACAAAGCGGAAACAAAAAAAAAAAGGAGGCAGAGGAGAUCGUGAGAGACAGGGAGGCUGCCGAAGAAAGGAGAAAUUUAGGGUUUGGAGAGACUUUGCACCAAUUUGGCGUUUCGUUUUUUUGUGGUUUUCUCUUCAAUCAUUUCUCAUCUGCUCUUUUCAUUCUGGUGUCUUUGAACGUUUCAUCUCCUCGUCAUGGUGGCCACCUCUGCUACGUCUUCCUUCUUUCCUGUACCCUCCUCCUCGCUUGAUCCUAAUGGAAAGGGAAAUAAGAUUGGCUCCACGAAUUUUGCUGGACUCAAUUCACCACCAAACUCUGGCAGGAUGAAGGUUAAACCUAACGCUCAGGCUCCUCCCAAGAUUAAUGGCAAAAAAGUUGGUUUGCCUGGUUCUGUAGACAUCGUCAGGACUGAUACCGAAACGUCCUCACAUCCCGCUCCAAGAACUUUCAUCAACCAGCUACCUGACUGGAGCAUGCUUCUUGCUGCCAUCACAACCAUUUUCUUAGCUGCUGAGAAACAGUGGAUGAUGCUUGACUGGAAACCCAGGCGUUCUGACGUUCUUAUGGAUCCUUUCGGUAUUGGGAGGAUUGUUCAGGAUGGCCUUGUGUUCCGUCAGAAUUUCUCUAUUAGGUCUUAUGAGAUAGGUGCUGAUCGCGCAGCAUCUAUAGAAACAGUCAUGAAUCAUUUGCAGGAAACGGCGCUUAAUCAUGUUAAGACUGCUGGACUGCUUGGGGAUGGGUUCGGUUCUACUCCCGAGAUGUUUAAGAAGAACUUGAUAUGGGUCGUUACACGUAUGCAGGUUGUGGUUGAUAAAUAUCCUACUUGGGGAGAUGUUGUUGAAGUCGAUACCUGGGUUAGUCAGUCUGGAAAGAACGGUAUGCGUCGUGAUUGGCUAGUUCGGGAUAGCAAUACUGGAGAAACCUUAACACGAGCAUCAAGUGUUUGGGUGAUGAUGAAUAAACUGACAAGAAGAUUGUCAAAGAUUCCUGAAGAGGUUCGAGGGGAAAUAGAACCUUAUUUUGUGAAUUCUGACCCUGUCCUUACUGAGGACAGUAGAAAGUUAACAAAACUUGAUGACAAGACUGCUGACUAUGUUCGAUCUGGUCUCACUCCGCGAUGGAGUGACCUGGAUGUUAACCAGCAUGUUAAUAAUGUAAAGUACAUUGGGUGGAUCCUGGAGAGUGCUCCAGCAGGAAUAAUGGAGAGGCAGAAGCUGAAAAGCAUGACUCUGGAGUAUCGGAGGGAAUGCGGAAGAGACAGUGUCCUUCAGUCACUGACCGCAGUAUCUGGUUGCGAUAUCGGUAACCUCGCAACAGCCGGUGAUGUGGAGUGUCAGCAUUUGCUCCGACUCGAGGAUGGAGCUGAAGUGGUGAGAGGAAGAACAGAGUGGAGUAGUAAGACACCAACAACAACAUGGGGCACUGCACCAUAAAAAAAAUUACAGCAAUGGCUCAUUUGGUUCUUUUGUAACUAUAUCUGCUACCACCUUGCUUGCAACUACUACCACCAUCAUUUCAAUUCCUCCUCACAAAAGUUUCUCCCACCCUUUGUAUAUUUGUUUUUUUUUUCUUCUUCUUUUUUUUUUUUCUUUUUAAUUUUCGAUGGAGAUUUAUUAUAUUUAUUUAAUCUUUCUAUUUAUUUAUUUUGCUUAUGGGAAAAUGGGUGUCGUGUCAUAUACAAAUUAUGUUUAUUUUAUGUGUCCCAUGUGCCAGCGCAAGACAAGGCAUCAAGUCUCUUAUCCUAAAUUUAUUGUA